AUGGCCGACAAGAGGGGAAACCCACCUCCUUCAACCCUCACACUCGAGGAGAUCGCGACGACGCUGGAGAGGGUCACCAGGGCCGUCCGCACCACACAGCUCCCGCAGUCAGUGGAGGAGGUGCGCAGCAUGCCGGAGGACGUGUUGCGGAGAGACCCUGUUCGGGACGCCAUCUUUCAGAGAGGAUGGGACGCAUGCGUGGCCGCCGUCAACCGGACAAUCCAGGCGGACAGGACGGCUCCACCAGCGGUGAGAGGUCGGAAAGGUCCACCACCAUCGAAAACGGCAAAACCACGACCAACUACGACCCCGCCGACCCGUCCAACACAGCGUCUCCCGAUCAAGGUCCCUCCAACCCCCUCAAACUGGUCAGUGGCUGAGCGUAGCCGUGUGCUUCGGGUAAAACCGGGCACCCCCUAUCGCCCAACCAGCACCACGGCCGGACCCUCACCGUCUACGUCCAGGGGCAAUCCCGGAACCCCGCAAGAGCGGGAGACGGUGAGACCGGUCGAGGAGACCAAGGAGAGGGGGCCCAGCACCAAGGCCCAGAAGAACCGGGAACGGUUCAGGGAGCUGUUGGCGAGGAAAAAGGCACGGAAGGCUGCAAACACCAGCCAACAACACCGGCUGGAAAAGCACCCGUCCUUACCCUCGACCUCCAGCUCCGCACCGCAAACUCCACCGACCACCACGGCACUCCCGGAGAGGAUGGAGGUCGACCCACCGAGGCUGGAAGAGGCUACCACCUCAGAGAGCUCGGUCGGGUCGACGGAACCGAGCAGAGACGUCAUAGACGUCUUCCUCAACACCCCAUUCCUACUCCCGGAGACGCCUAGCAUGGACGACGAGGAGGACCCGCCGUUCUUCAAGGGGACACCACCACAGUCCCCAAGCAGCUAG